AUUACCCAGGGAGAGAGGGUAGAGCCUGGGCUUUGUGUCUGUGCAUGUCCUGUGAGCCAGACACUUUCUCAAAAUCCCUGGGCUCCCUUCAAACACGCCAAGUCCCUUCCAUAGCAGCCCGGAGACCGACCGCGUCUGUCGCCAAAUCCCACAGGAUCGUCUUUAUUUUGAUAUACUAAUCGUAAGAUUGGAAGUCAACGGACGCGGUGAUGCUUCUGCUGUCACUAUGGUUCGCAGUUGGAACAUUAGCGGUGAACGUGACUACAGCGACUGGAUCUGAAGUAACUGAGAGCCCAGCAGCUUUGCAGAAGUUCGCCGCUCUGGGGCAGGAGUUCAGCCUGGUGACUCCACUAAGGACAGACUCUGAGGGUCGCUUCAUGUCCCACCUGGUAUCGGGCUCCAGAUUCAGGAGGAGAAGGCAGAGCGGCCCCGAAUCCUGGCCUGGGACUGCCGGGCAGAGGAACCAGAUAGAGUCUCGCCCACUAUUCUUCAAUGUCACCGUCUUUGGCCAGAGCUGGCAGCUCAGACUGGAACCCAGCUACCGACUGGUGGCCCCAGGAGCUGUGCUGGAGUGGCAAGAGGAUGGACAAAGUCACACACAGCCACUGAAUGAGGAUUGCAUCUAUACUGGGGGCAUCAGCCAAAUCCCUGAGGCCAGAGUAGCCAUUAGCAACUGCGAUGGACUGGCUGGAAUGAUCCAAACAGAUCAGGAGGAAUAUUUUAUUGAGCCACGAGAAAAGGGCAAGCAAGCAGAGGAAGAAGAGAAGGGUCGAGUUCAUGUGGUGUACCGCAGAUCAGCUGUACAGCGUUCAGAUCCGGAAAAUGCUGGUGACUUUUAUCAAACAGGAUCAGAGUUCGGUGAGGUUGGUGGUUUGCACAACAUGUACGACAAUGUUGACAAGCAGCUGGAUGAAACCUUGAGGAAGCGGAGACAUGUCAAAGAUGGCAACUACAACAUUGAGGUGCUUUUGGGAGUGGAUGACUCCGUGGUUCGCUUCCACGGGAAAGAACAUGUCCAGAAUUACCUCUUGACUCUCAUGAAUAUAGUUAAUGAAAUUUACCACGAUAAAUCACUGGGAGCCCAUGUAAAUGUUGUGCUAGUACGAAUGAUUAUGCUGGGAUACGCAAAGUCCAUCAGUUUGAUCGAAAGAGGGAAUCCAUCUCGAAGUUUGGAGAAUGUCUGCCGCUGGGCCAAUUCUCAGCAAAAAUCAAACCCGAACCACUCAGAGCAUCAUGACCAUGCCAUCUUUUUAACAAGGCAAGAUUUCGGUCCAGCGGGUAUGCAAGGGUAUGCCCCAGUGACUGGAAUGUGCCACCCAGUUCGCAGUUGUACCCUAAACCAUGAGGAUGGCUUCUCUUCAGCGUUUGUAGUUGCUCAUGAGACUGGUCACGUGCUGGGAAUGGAACAUGAUGGUCAAGGAAACCGAUGUGGAGAUGAAACCAGCAUGGGAAGUGUCAUGGCACCCUUAGUCCAAGCUGCAUUUCACCGUUUUCACUGGUCUCGGUGCAGUGGGCAAGAGCUCAAGCGAUAUCUUCACUCCUAUGACUGUCUGCUGGAUGACCCAUUUGAGCACGAUUGGCCCAAACUUCCCGAACUGCCAGGGAUCAAUUAUUCAAUGGAUGAACAAUGCCGCUUUGAUUUUGGAGUGGGUUACAAGAUGUGCACAGCCUUUCGCACCUUCCAUCCGUGUAAGCAGUUAUGGUGUAGCCAUCCUGACAACCCAUUUUUCUGCAAGACAAAGAAAGGGCCUCCUUUAGAUGGAACGGAGUGUGCUCCUGGAAAGUGGUGCUACCAGGGCCACUGUUUGUGGAAGACUUCAGAGCAGGUAAAGAUAGACGGCAACUGGGGACCAUGGAGCAAACUUGGGUCCUGCUCUCGAACCUGUGGCUCCGGUGUCCGCUUUCGAACUCGACAGUGCAGUAACCCAGUGCCCGCAAAUGGUGGCCAGGAUUGUCCUGGUGUAAACUAUGAAUACCAACUGUGUAAUAAGGAAGAUUGCCCACGUCAUUUUGAGGAUUUUCGAGCACAGCAGUGUCAGCAACGAAAUUCACACUAUGAAUAUCAAAAUGCUAAACACCAUUGGCUUCCAUAUGAACAUCCUGACUCAAUAAAAAGAUGCCAUCUGUACUGUCAAUCUAAGGAAAUGGGAGGAGUUGUUUACAUGAAACAAUUAGUGCAUGAUGGGACUCGUUGCUCUUAUAAAGAUCCAUACAGCAUCUGUGUACGAGGUGAAUGUGUGAAAGUCGGCUGCGAUAAAGAAAUUGGCUCAAACAAAGUGGAUGACAAGUGUGGAGUAUGUGGUGGGGACAACUCCCAUUGUAGAACAGUGAAAGGCACAUUUACCAGAACACCAAAGAAGUCAGGCUACUUAAAGAUGUUUGAGAUCCCAUCUGGUUCCAGACAUAUCUUCAUCCAAGAAGACGAGGUUUCUCCUCACAUUCUUGCUGUCAAGAACCAGGCUACAGGCCACUACAUCCUGAAUGGCAAAGGAGACAAACCCAAGACAAAGGUUUUUAUUGAAUUGGGCGUAGAGUGGGCAUACACCUUGGAGGAUGACAUUGAAACUCUUCACACAGAUGGUCCGUUGCAUGAUCCUGUUGUGAUCCUGAUUAUCCCGAGGGAUAACAGCACAAAAUCUACUCUCACCUAUAACUACAUUGUUCAUGAAGACUCCUUGCCAACCAUCAGCAACAAUAAUGUGCUUCAAGAAGAUGUCCAUGCAUUUGAGUGGGCUUUGAAGAAUUGGUCCCAGUGUUCCAAACCAUGUGGUGGAGGUUUUCAGUACACAAAGUAUGGAUGCCGCAGGAAGACUGACAAUAAAGUGGUUCAUCGUAAUUUCUGUGAUGCGGAUAAGAAACCCAAACCUAUCCGCAGAAUGUGUAACCUGCAAGAGUGCACGUUGCCUGUUUGGAUAGCAGAUGAAUGGGAACACUGCACAAAAUCCUGUGGGAGUUCUGGAUACCAACUCCGCACUAUUCGCUGUGUAGAAAUAACCAAUGGAAGGAACCGGUCAGUGCACAGUAAGUACUGCACUGGAGAGCGCCUGGAAAACCGCCGAGCUUGUAAUCGAAAACCUUGCCCAGCACAGUGGAAGACGGGACCCUGGUUAGAGUGUUCUGUUACGUGUGGGGAAGGAAUUGAACAAAGACAGGUCAGAUGUCGUCCAAAUGACCAAUGUGAUGGUGAGAAACCAGAAGCGACACGAGUCUGCAAACGCCCCCCUUGUGGUGAUGAACCUUGCCUGCGAGAUAAGUCGAUAUUCUGCCAGAUGGAAGUGCUAGCUCGCUAUUGCUCCAUUCCAGGUUAUAACAAACUCUGCUGUGAAUCCUGUAGCAAGCGCAGUAGCACCCUGCCUCCUCCCUUCCUCCCUGGCGCUGCUGAAAGAAAUGACGAAAAGGCAGAAGCUGACCACAACGUGACACCAACUCAUCCUCCUGACUCCACUUCCAGGAGCAGAAAUUUGCAAGGCUACAGGUUAGCCAGAGAAAAGAAUACUAAGCCCAGUGCAGUCACUCCAGGUCGUGGCAAAACAAAAGGAGUGAAUUCCUCCCAGAAAAAGAUGCCUGCAGCUGGUAGGCCUCACAGAUUGGUGGCUUCACAGUAUCAGCCUCAUUUAAUUCAAGACAAUCCCAUUGAAACCAGCAACAGCUCCACAGCUACCCAUGCAUCAGUUGGAGUGGCAGAGGCAUCAGAAAGACAUGCUGCAUUACAGUCUCCUGAGGCAGAGACAUGAAGUAGGAUUCUUAUAUCAGAUACAACUGAGGAAAAACGACCAUUCAAAAAGAAUCAAUUGUAGACAUCAUGGUGCAUGUAUGAUUUGAAAAUGACUUUCUGCAUUUCACUGAACCUAAACUGUCAAUUGUUUUUUGAAAAGGAACAUGUUCAAGUCGUAAAGUGCAGGCACUUUGCUCUAUUGGCCAAAUCCAAUUUCUUUUGGGAUCAUUUAAACAAAGACCAAAGAUAUUUCCAAUGAAGAGGGGAUAUCAGGUUUUCUGGUGUUGCCUUUGUAAAGGAUUAUAAUGACAUUUUACAUAUCAUCUGAUGUUAAAAAAAUCAAAUUAAGAACUCAAAUUGAGAUGCUCAAUUUCUUUGAGUUUACAGUGUUGAGUUGGUACAUAUAGUGUUCCGUCAAGUGUCAGUGAAUUAGAUAUUAUUUAAGGCAUUUCCAGCUGUUCUGUAAAUACUGUAUAUGUAAGUCAGUAUUAUAUUUUAAUAUACAAGUUGUUUUGUGAGAUAUUGUUUACCAAUGCUACAUAACCAUUUCUAAAUUUCAUUGUAUAUCUGAUAUUGAAAACUGUCUCAAUACUUUUCAUAAUCUGCAAUGAAGAGUAACAGAUAUAACGAUGGAUCAGACAAGCAUUACUGGUCCCUUUAAAUGUUAACUUGGCAGUAAUUACAUACAGAUCUCCAAUCCUUUUGGUGCUAGUCAAAAUAAAUUACAUGUCUAAAAUAAGUGCUGAUAAGUGCAGGUCAGUAUGCACCCAUGCAAAGAAAGGCCUGUACAAUAUUCUGUUGAAUGCUUACAUUCAAAAGAGGAUAUCUGAUAAAUUUCCUUCUAAGAAGCAAUGGAUCUGCUGGACCUUUCCAGAAUUUUCUGUUUUUGUCUGUCUUGUUACGUAGAUUUAAAUUCUCUUCUGAGAUCGACAGUUUGUAGCCAGUUAUUUAUGCAGUUGCAUAGAAACAUAGCAGAUCGGAACAGGAGUAGGCCAGUCAACCCUUCCACCCUGCCUCACUAUUCAACAUAAACAUGGUUUAUCAUCGAAUUCAAUAUCCUAAUUCUGCCCUCCCCCAAAAUUCCUUGAACCCUUUAGCCUACAUCUACUUCCUUCUUGAAAAUAACAUAUUGUUUUGGCCUCAAACACUUUCUGUGGUCGUAAAUUUCACAAGCUGACCACGCUCUGGGUGAAGAAAUUUUUCUUCACCUAAGUCCUAAAAGGUUUAUCCUUUUUCCUUAAACGGUGACCCCUGGUCCUGGACUCCCAAACCAUCAGGAACAUCUUUGUUGCAUCUGACCUGAUAAAAUACCUGUUUAAAUUGUACAAGUUUCUCUGAUGUCCCACCUCCUCACCUUGUUCUAACUGCCAGUGAAUAUAAUUCUAACUGACUCAAUCUCUCCUCAUACAGCAGUCCUGCCAUCCCAAGAAUCAAUUUGUUAAACUUUCACUGCACUGCAUGUAUAGCAUGAACAUCCUUGCUCAGAUAAGGAAACUGAAACUGCUUACAAUAUUCCAGGUGUGGUCUCACCAAUGCCCUGUAUAAUUGCAGCAAGACAUUCUUGUUCUUGCACCCAAGUCCUCUCGCUAUGAAGGCCAACAUACAUAGAAAUUGGAAUUGUACAGAACAGGAAUAGGCCCUUCAGCCCACAAUGUUGUGGUGAACGUGAAACCAAAUUAAGCUAAUCCCUUCUGCCUGCCCUUUGCCCAUAUCCCUCGAUUGCUUUCAUAUUCAAAGUCUCUUAAAAGCACCUAUCGUAUCUACCUCCACUACCAUACCUGACAGUGCAUUCCAGACUCCUACCACUCUCUGUACAAAAUAACAUGCCCCUCACACCUCCAUUGAACUUGCCUCCUCUCAUUCCAAUUUCAACUCUGGGAAAAAGAUUCUGACCAUCAACUCUCUGCAUCUCAUUAUUUGAUAGACUUUUAUCCAGUCUCCGCCCCCCCUCCACCUCUCCAGAGAAGACAACUAGAGUUUUUCUAGACUCUCUUAAUAGUUCAUAGCCUCUAAUCCAGGCAGAAUUCUGGUAAGCCACUUCUACAUCUUCCCCAAAGUCUCCGCAUUCUCCCUGUAAUGUGGCGAUUUGUAUUGAAUGUAGUUUACCUUCUUCACUGCCUGCUGUACCCGAGCACUUUCAUUCAGCGACUCGUGUACAAUGACACCCAGGUCUUUUUGAAAAUUCCCCUCUCUCAAUUUACAGCCAUUCAAAUAAUAAUCUGCCUUCCUAUUUUUGCUACUAAAGCAGACAACUUCACAUUUAUCCACAUUAUAUUGCAAUGCCAUGUAUUUGCCUUGUGAUUCAGCUUGUCCAAAUCACAUUGAAACACCUCUGUAUCCUCCUCAAAGCUCACCCUACCACCUAGCUAUAAAUCUGCAAAUUUUGAAAUAUUACAUUUAGUUCCCUCCUCUAAAUCAUUAACCUAUAUUGUAAAUAGCUAAGGUCCUAGUUCCAAUCACUGUAGUACCCCAUGAGUCACCCAUUUAUUCCUACACUUUGUUGCCUGUCUGCUAACCAAUUUUCUAUCCAUCUCAAAACACUACUCCAACCCCACGCACAUUUAUUUUGCAUUAAUUUCUUAUGUGGGAUUUUGCCGAAAAUAUUCUAAAAGUCCAAAUGCUUCAACUCCACUGUCUCGUCCAUUAUCAUUUACAUCAUCGAAGAAUUCCAGUAAAUUUGUCAAGCAAGAUGUCCCUUUUAUAAAUUCAUGCUGAUUGUGUCUGAUUUGGCCACUGUUUUCUAAAUGCUCUGCUAUAAAAUAUAUAUAUUUUAAAUGUAAAAUGCGACUCCACCUUCAUUCUGAGCCAACAUAUUCCAGGGUCUAAUUUCUUUAACAAAAACAGAAAUUGCUGGAGAAACUCAGCAGGUCUGGCAACGUCUAUGGAGAGAAAGCAGAGUUAGCAUUUCGAGUCCUGUGAUCCCUCUUCAGAACUUUCUUUAACCUCACUUUUGCCCACAGAUAUGGUUGACAAAGUAACCUUCUUCAAUCUUUUUUCAUCCAUGUGUCAUUCAGUCCUGGGCAUUAUGAUGUUCCGAUAUUAUGUAUGUACAAAGUACAACAUCAGGAUCUAGAAAUUUGACCAGCCAAUUAAAUAGCCUUACCUGAAUGGAUCUCAGUGAUUCACUCAAUUUCCAUUCAAAAAAAAGAACCAUUAACGAUCUCCACCAAUCUGCAGGAGAUACAAUAAAAACUGAAGUACUACAGUGGUUAUGAGCUAAUUUUCCUCCACCACAAAAAUGUUGCUGUAACAUGCAAAAUAGAAUAGGAUUUUUCUGUGACAAUUGGUGAGCAACAUUAUUACUUAAUUAGAAGUAUACAAGAGGACGGAACUGUUUUUUUUAAAUGGUGAACUGGUAGCAUCAAAUUAAAAGCAUUGCAAAGGAAAAACAGGGCCAGAAGAUAAUGAAGUGACCUGGUCAAAAGCGGGAUAGUUAGGAUGGGAGAUUUGGAUGCAUGUAGUGGUACACUAUGGAAGAAUAUUUGCUAUUGUCUUGUGAGUGGUCAAGUAGGGUCCAGUCAACUCUGUGCCUUUGAAGAAUUGCUGCUAGUUUCUUGCAAGGCUUCUGAAGGCUAAUGAAUCUAGUGUUUAAAUGACAACCCUGAGCUUCACACAGUUGCAUAGAAUUUAUUUAAGAAUCUCUCUUUUACCCUAUAAAUGGAAAGAAUAUGAUCUAUUUGCCUUAUUUGCUUUCUUUUGUACAAUAAUAUAGGUGCCUGUUUUAUUCUGACCGUACACUACUGAUGCUGUUUGUUGUAUUGGGGAGCACAUAGCAAUAAAAAUAACAACCCAGUUAAUGUC